AGGUGCAGUUGCUGCUGUACAGGCAGUUGAAGUUAGAGGCAAGUGCCUGGGAGAGAAGUGAACAGUCUGGGAAAAAGUAGGGAAAAAAUCAGUGAAAACUGGAGGGUGGGAGGAAGGAGAGUGGGGAAGAGAGCGUGGACUUUCUGUGGAUACAGAGGAAGAAGACAGUGUGGAAAACUGUAAGGAAAAUAAGAACAGGAGCUGGAUAACUUUCAUUUGGAAGCAUGGCUGUUGGGCGUCAGCAGUCCUCUCAACUUGACCCAGAAAUACCCAAAAAGUUAUACAAAUGUGAAGGCAUGGUGGGAAAAGAGACGGUGGCCAUGGAGUGGCCAUGGAGUGAAGUGAUACAGAAAGGAACAGCCAAGGAGGGAAAACAAUGUCCAUCUGUGUACAUCUCAAUCAUCGCACAACCUGAAUGUGAGAAUAAUCACGAGAUCUGCCCAAGUUCCAAGCAACAUCAGAUUUACAACACUGACUCCAAACAAUACAGUCACUUGGACACUGAGCACAUAGCCAAUAAUGUGGUGAACUCAACAGAGGGUAAGCCAGCCCGUCAGUCAAAGCCUCCAUGUGUCAAAGGGAAGAAAGCAAAGCGAAAGAGAAGACAGAAAAAUAGUCCUCAGAAUACAGAACAAAGAGGGCAAAGGAUUCCUGAGCAGGAGUGUCGGGCCCCUAUCCCUGUCCAGGAUGAAGAGUCACAGCAAAGCCUGGAACAUCUAAACGUUUGGAGGACAGAUAGGAAGGAAAAGACUUCUGGUUUAAGAGGACAACAAAACACAAUAUCUAAUGAACAUCCCCCUCAAGGCCUCUAUCUACUUAAAGAUGAUGGACUGAAAGAACAUCACAAGCUCAUAGACCUUAAACAGUGCAUAUACCACAUAGGAGGCGGUAAACUGCCACCGUCCAAACUCCAAGUCCCACCUCUAGAUAGCUUAAGCAUUUCUGAAUUCCUUAAAACCUUGGGGACAAAAAGAUCUUGCGAUUUAGACUAUGGAAAGACCACGAGCCCAGAGUAUGGCUCCUCCAAGCUCACUAGACCUUAUGAAGACUCAAAGACUGAUUCUGUGGAAGAAUGUAUGUUUGCAGCUCUGAGAGGCAGUGUGAGCAUGGGGGAGCCAAAAAGCCUGUGCACCUUCGCCAAGGCCUGGAACCAAGAAGCAGAUGAUGAGGAUAGAGAAAUGGAUACUGAAGGGGUCAUUCUAACAGAGAAGCUAAAGGCAGAGGAUUAUGAGUACAAGGAAGGUAUUCACUGGACACAAGAUGGAAAAGCUCUGGGAUCUGGAUCCUUUGGAGAUGUACUUCCUGCAAAGGAUGAGCAAACUGGAUUAAGAUUUGCGAUCAAAAAGAUACAUCAGAGCAGAUUCCGGUCCCAAGAGCUGACUUCAUGCCUUUUGGUCUCAUCCCCAAAACUUGUCCCAGUGUAUGGAGCAGUCCGGGAGGGACCCUGGAUCAAUGUAUUUCUUAAGCUCAUGACAGGAGGUUCCUUGGGACAACUCAUCAAGAUAAAUGGGUACCUACCAGAAGAUCGGGCCCUUUACUACCUUGGACAGGUACUGGAGGGCCUUACACACCUUCAUGCAAAAAGCCUUGUGCAUGGGGAUAUUAAAGCUGACAAUAUUCUCCUAUCAGAAGAUGGUAAUGAUGCCUACCUUUGUGAUUUGGGGCACUCUGCUUAUCUGCCCACAGAUGGUUGCAAGAAACAGCUACUGACAGCGGACUAUGUUCCUGGGACAGAGACACACAUGGCCCCUGAAAUAGUGCGGGGGGACACCUGUGACACAAAGCUGGACGUGUGGAGCUCCUGCUGUAUGAUGCUACAUAUGCUUAACGGCUGGCACCCAUGGAGCCGAACUCACACACCGCCUCUGUGCCUGAAAAUUGCCACUGAGCCACCCCCCGUGCAGGAGAUACCCCCCACCUGUGAUCCUCGAACACGUGAGGUCAUUGUAGCGGGUCUGGAAAAAGAUCCAACCAGUAGAGUGACGGCAGCAAAGUUACAGGAGAAAGUGAAUUUGGCUUUGCAUAAAAUCGGUGGUCUGAAAUCUCCAUGGAAAUCUGAAUACAAAAUGCUCAGGAGCUUUCCAGAUACCACAUCACCCCCCAGCCUUGCUGUAGCAUCUGAAACCCCUCUUUCCAAACAUGAACCUGCCAUGCCUGAUACCAAGCCUAAUCCUAACAAAACUAAGCCAGAACCUAGCAAGGAGAAGAUGGUCAGUGGCCUGACUGACAACAGGGCAGUGCAGCCAAACAUCUUGUGUGGGAAGGAAAUUCAGCAGAAGGAAAGAGAAUAUCUUCUCACUGAUCUGUUCCUGGCAAGUUCCCUGGAAGAACAGGAGCAAAUGUUGUCCUGUCUGAGUGAGGACAACCGGGAUCAGCAUCGCAGUCACAAGGACUCAGUACAUACUUUUGACACAGCGAGUUCUGGAAUUUAUUCUUGGGACAGCGAGAUGGAUCCACUGAGCCUCAAAAGUGACUCCCUUAUUAAUGUUGGGGUCACAACCACUCCCAGCUGGUUCAACGGUUGCAAGGUUCAGCUGCAAACACUGAGUGGGGAAAAGCUGCACAUCUGGGAAUCUGGAAGGACUAAGCUUGGAGAGCUGGCAGUGGGGAUCAGCAGUCAGAUCCCGCUGCAGUCCUUCACAAUACUGACCCCGGAAGGAAAGCCUAUUCCAUCUACAACAGAUAUUUCUGACUGCGGGAUAUACCUGCAGUGUGCCUUAGCCCCGGACCACGGUGGGGGCUGGGACUGGAGAGUGAUGAGAGGAAAGCUGGAGCAGGGACCCACGGGAGAGGUGUAUACAGGUGGAGGCAGUGCUGGUAGUUCCUGAGAGAGAAAAGGCCUUUCCAAACACAGAACAUCCAAACUUAUAUUGCCUUUCCCACCUUGUACCUUAAUUGCUAUAAAACAUGUGCACCCUGAAUAAAAUCAAGACCACUAAGGGACACAUUAACGGUUUGCAGAACUUUGGGUAUUUAUAAAACUGGAGUAAAUUUGACAUUUUGCAUUUAACAAUCAAGGGGAAUUCCCGAUUGGUUGCCAAGCUUUACUCCAGAAUAACUUACUUAACUUUUUGAAACCCCCCUUUGUGAUUUCAUAGCUUACACAGCUCCUGAUUGUUAUGUGCAUGUGUGUGACUGGACAUGGCCAAUGAUCAUUGCCCUUUAAAUGGACAUUAUACUGAUCUAAUAUUAGUUCUCAUCACCUUAAAAAUAAUAUUUAGGUUUUUCCUAUAUGGUUUUAGGUGAUUCUUAGUUCAAAGGUGAUUGUUCAGUAAAACAUAGCAAGCACCGCCAGUUCAAACCUGAUCCCUUUAAUUCCAAUGCUCAUAUGUUAGGUCUCUAUCUAAGGCUAGAUUACUUUCAAUAUGAGCGUUAGCAUUACUAUCACUUAGACCUAAACAAGCCUAUGAGGCAACUGUGCAUUAAUAUAUUUUCCUGAUGCAUUAUGGGUAGUGCGCCUGUCCUCUAAAGAAGAGUUCAAGUGGCUUUGCCAUGGGGUAAGGAGUAUGCUCUUGGAUCAAUAUAUAAAAUAAACAAGGGUAUGCAUUUCCCCAGCUGUAUACCCACUUACUGAAGUGAUUUUGAAAUGUAAUCAAAUCAAUGUAUUGUUAUUUGAAUGUUUUAUGGUUCUUCACAGUAAAAUUGUUUAAAAAGAAA